AUACUAUAGGUGAAUAAAACGGACGAUUAGUAUUAAAGUAUGUUACUUUGUUGUGUUUUUCAUGAAGGACUUUGUAGACAUUUUCAUGUUAGCGGGCGGAAUCAAGAACAUAAAUGACCCUGAUCAACAAACGUUUAUCAAGAGCAUCGACUUCUUGAAGGAAUGGCCUGUAGAGUUAAUGGCCAAUAAUCCCAAAAAAUGUCUUUUCCAUUUUUUCAGAAGCGGAUCUGUUCUUGUAAGAGACAGCAAUCAUUCAGACUGGAUUUACAUCAUAAAAUCGGGGAGUUGCCAAGUCCUUAAAAAGCUGAGAGAAGUGAGAUGCUGCCUUACUCAACAUAACGACAGGGUUGUAGGAUUUGAAAACGUAAAAAGCCAGGUUCCCAAAGCCUCAUCACGUGACAGACUGGAGCGAGUGAAGGCAAAGUUGUCAGUUGUGACGCUUUUAUUACCCAAGCUGCACCUCAGGCCUGGUCUGAUAACACAUGAAAGCGACAAUGACGAUGAUGCUGGAACCGAGGCAAAAACCGCUGACGCCAUCGACGAAGUAGCCGCUGCCCAGAAAAUAUUUAAAACAAGUAUUGAUAACAGCAGCCAAGGUUCCCCCGAAGAAAAGUCGAUCAAGUCGGUCGGUUUUCGGGCGGCUACACCGCCGCACGGAAGGCGAAAGGGAGUUGUAAGCGCCCCGGAACCAUCAACGAGGAUUCCUACUGACGAACAGUCAAACAAUCUAAAACACAGGUUGGACUCAAGGAGAAAGCUUUCGAGUGAACCUGGUCUGAUCAGCAUAACUCGUGAAGAGAACGCGGUUGAAGAGGAGCAGUUAAGAAAAUUGUCAAGCUCUGAACUUCCUCGGCGAUUGAAAAAAAGAAUGACGGGCAAUAGCAACUUGCCUUUACCUACUGUGGAAGAGGAAACCAAGUCUUCAUCACCGACCUUAACUCCACCGCGUCAACGAUUCAGCUCUUUGAAUGCAGAUUCUGUAGAACACGACCAGAGGACUAGUAGGUCCAAUUCAAACACUCGGCCCAGGAGCCAGUCUCCCGCUUCGAGGCGCACAAGCAGAGUGAGAAAAUCUACUGUGACUCCCCCUGCAGAGGACUUAUCUGAAGAGGAAAAGAAUCUACCACUACACAAGAUUUCUGUUAUUGACGAGGGCGAACAAAGGCCGACCGAAGUUCGCAUCACAGACGCUGAUUUACAUCCCAUGUUCGUGCAAGUUGCCCUUCUUCAAAAAGGAGACAGUUUUGGAGUGUCCUCUAUGGUAUUCGACGAACAGCCAAGUCUCAGCCUGGUUAGUAUUGCGCAUGAAUGCAUGUAUGUCAAGACUUACCUGAGCCCGAGAGCACGAAGUAGAAAGCCUGCGGUAUAUGACCUUGUCUUAGGAUUGCCCGCUUGGUUUGAUGUCUGA